CAUCUCUGUUUACGAGGAAUGAUAUGAAUUUACUGGGAGUGAUCUUUAAACCAGCUUCAGUUGAGGACGUUAUUCCCGACAUUCAUGACUCUAAAAAAUACCUUCUCCCCAAAAUUAAUCGCAAAAUACUUGAAGAUAAAGAUUUUGAUGUCAAGAAAUUUGUCGGAAUUUCUGAUAAUCAGGUUCGGACUUUUAUUACCAAAAUGCAUUGGGUCUUAAUGAAUGAAAAAUAUGUAGAAAGCACACGUGAAUUCAAGACUGAUUCGUUAGUGGAUAAUUUGCUUCGUUUAGUUAAAAUAGAUGACUAUCCUCUCACAAUUGCGAAUCACCCACUAUACAGAUUAUCCCUUUUUGGAAAACCAUAUGUUUCAGCAGAGCCUGAAUUUGUAGUGAGCAACAAAAACGUAUCUAUGGUGGUUGUAGAGGAUAAACACCUAAGAAAUGUUAAGGCAAGGACUAAUUUUGGAGAAACACAACUUUCUGCCGAGAUUCUAGCCUGUGGAGACGAAAAUAUAAGUGAAAAAAUUAUUGAACAGACCGUCUUUGCCAUGCGUGUAAUUUCUAUGCAUGUCACAUUUUAUAAAGCUGUAAUUCCUGAAGCAUACUGGGAAGAUCUUGACAAAGGUUUGCCACAAGAACAGUCAGUUGUGAUAAAAAGGUGGCCAAUGAUUAAUGGUAAACAGACUGGUCUGGAUCUUGCAAAUUCAGAUGAAAGAGAAAAGGUUCUUAAGUCAUUAGUCAAAAUUCAUAAUAUUAAUCAAGUGAUCGUUGGGGUUUUAAAUGAAAAUGAUUGCUUC